ACGGGUGGGAAAGAUAAUUCUGCGAGAGGAAACAAGCGCCAUUGUGCAGACAUGGCGUCUCUCCUGCAGCCUGACAGAGUGAUUUAUCUGGUGCGCGGAGAGAAGAAGAUCCGCGCUCCGCUCUCUCAGCUCUAUUUCUGCCGAUACUGCAGCGAGCUGCGCUCUUUAGAGUGCGUGUCACACGAAGUUGACUCUCAUUACUGCCCCAGUUGUUUGGAGAGCAUGCCAUCAGCUGAGGCAAAGCUCAAGAAGAACCGAUGUGCGAAUUGUUUCGACUGCCCGUGCUGUAUGCACACUCUGUCCACGCGAGCCACCAACAUCCCAACGCCGCUUCCCGACGAUCCGACCAAAACCACCAUGAAGAAGGCUUAUUACCUCGCCUGUGGCUUUUGCCGCUGGACGUCGCGUGACGUUGGCAUGGCGGACAAGUCUGUGGCCAGUGGAGGAUGGCAGGAACCAGAGAAUCCUUACACUCAGAGGAUCAAUAAACUGAUCGAGUAUUAUCAGCACCUGGCCCAGAAAGAGAAGCUGGAGAGAGACAGAAAGAAACUGGCUCGAAGACGUCCGUUCAUGCCUCAGGCCUUCUCGGAGAAGUACGGCUUGGGUACACGGCUCCAGAGGCAGAGGUCCGGAGCUCCCAUCAGCGCCCUCUACGGCCUCUCUCUGAAGGAAGGCGAGGAGCAGAAGGAGGUCAGUAUUGAACCAGCUCAGGCUCUAGAUGAGGUGGAGCCCCUACCUGAUGACUAUUACACACGGCCUGUUAACCUGACCGAUGUGACGACGCUUCGCCAGAGGUUGCUUCAGCCCGACUUUCAGCCUGCAGGAGCGUCUCAGCUUCACCCCAAACAUAAGCACUUGCUGAUGAAGCGCUCGCUACGCUGCAGAAAAUGUGAGCACAACCUGAGUAAACCCGAGUUCAACCCGACCUCCAUCAAGUUUAAAAUCCAGCUGGUGGCCGUGAGCUACAUCCCUGAAGUGAGGAUCAUGUCUAUUCCAAACCUGCGUCACAUGAAGGAGUCUCAGGUGCUGCUGACCCUGACUAACCCUGUGGAGAGCAUCACUCACGUCAGCCUGUUCACCUGUGAGGAAGGAGAUCCUGAUGACAUCAACAGCACAGCUAAGGUGUUAGUGCCAGCAAAAGAGCUUGUUCUGGCAGGGAAAGAUGCAGCAGCUGAAUAUGACGAGCUGGCCGAGCCACAGGACUUCCAGGACGACCCGGAUGUGGUAGCCUUCCGGAAGUCCAACAAGAUCGGGUUCUUCAUCAAAGUGAUCCCUCAGUACGAGGACGGAGACGUCACCGUGUCCUUCAAGAUGCGUCACGACUUCCGCAACCUGGCGGCUCCCAUCAAACCGAGCGAGGAAGGAGAACCUGCAGUAGAGCUCAUCUGGCUCACACACCACGUAGAGCUCAGCCUGGGGCCACUCGCAGCCUGACCACACACACACACACACAAUCAUUAUCAUCUAACCAGACCAAACAACCGCACCAGGAUAACACACACACACACACACGCACCCAGAAAGUCAUGAGUAGUAAUAGCAGGAUCCUUCACACACACGCCAACACGACGAGGGUAACAUACACACAUACCCAGAAAGUCAUGAGUAGUAAUAGCAGGAUGAAACCCAACUCACCAAUCCUACACACACACACACACACACACACACACAUCACAUACAUUUCAUACACACACUUUUUCCAUAUUCUUCUGCAUGCUGUCAUAGACCUGCUGAGCUGUAACUGAGUAGCUCCUCCUCUUCCUCUGCCGCUGCUCUCGUGUCACUGUUCUCUCUCACUCCAGCUCUCUCUGAUGUUCCGUAGAUGGAUCGUUGCUUUUAGUCUGGAGAUAUCUCCUGAGUACUAACGUGGUCAUCGGUGGUCAAUAACAAACCGUAUUAACUCAUACCGUGGACAACUAGCGUAUAAACCCAGUGCAGAUUUUCAGUGUAUUAAUUCUCUGCUACAAUGUGAAGGCUGAUACGACACGUGUAGAAACCGUACUGAUGUCCCAGUGUUCUAGUAAAGAGCUUUAAAUUAAAAGACAUUGCAGUUAACUAAUAAAAGUCUGAUAUUAAGAAAA